AUGAGGACGAAAUUCUCUAACACAGACGCAGUGGAGAGAUUCGCUAUGGCCAACUGCGCAAUGAUAGCAGAGAGUAGGAAGUCGUCGUCUCAGCCGGAAGAGAUCUUCAAGUGCAAGACAUGUAAACUUAGCUUCGCAACUUCCCAAUCCCUAGGCGGUCACUGCAGAGCGAGCCACUACAAGCGCCUUGAACUUGGUGGUGGCGAAACGGAAGCGGAGAAGAAGGGGCCCAAGCCCUACAAGUGCACUGUGUGCGGUGCUGAGUUUUGGAAUGGACAGGCUUUAGGUGGUCACAAGGGUAAGCAUCGUAAGCCCAAGAUUCAAGGCUUGCUUGGGAGUAAUGAGAGCCUUUGCAAUAAUGCUAGUACUGUUACUAGUAGUGCUGCUCCCUCUGAUGAUGUGAAGAUGGUCACUGCAGGUAAUUUCUUUGACAAAGGGAUGUUAGGUCUUGAUUUGAAUUUGAGUCCGGAGGAGAAUGAAAUGAAGGUUUUCGAGAUUAAUUAG